AUGGCACGCGGCAUUGCGCGAAGGGAUCAAACAUCACCACCUCCGGCUCCGGCUGCCCCCAACACCGUCGCAACCAUCCAGUCCACCGACCUCGGCACCCUCACCCUCGGCUUCGACGCCUACCAGACCUUCAUCGGCCCAGGCGUCGACCCGGCCGCCGCGCGCCACGACUGCCUCAUCCGCGUCGAGCUCGACAACGCGGCGCCGUCUCGAGGUCGGGGUCGGGGCGGCCGCGGCCGUGGCCGUCGGGGCGAUGACGUCGUCGCCGAAGUCACCGUCCACGGCUUCGCCCAAUUCGAGGCCGGGCUCGGCGGCGUCUUCACGACCCAGUACCAAUUUCCGCGCGGCCGCGGCGCCGGCGCCGGCGGCAGGUCGAUCCGGGGCAUCUCGACCCGCAACGACGUCCCCGCCAACAGCGACCUCGCGGCCGGUCUAGUCUACACCAAGACGGACACCGUGCCCCUCGCGCAGGGCGCCGCCGGGCGUUGCGGCCGGAGACAGACUCUCCUGAUCCGCACGUCUGUCCGGGUCUUCGCCUCCGCCGCCGCCGCCGGCGGUGCCGGUAGCGGCACGCUGACCGUGGAUGAUUUGACCAUUUCUCUCAAGAGGCGAGGGUCGAGGGUGGGGUCGCAAGCACUAGCCGCUGUCGAGCAAGAGACGGAGGUCGCAGCUGAUGAGGUCGUUCUGGAGCUCGGCGCCACAGGCGCGCUAGAAUGA